CAGACCAGCCGUAAUUUAUACACCAAACAUACCCCUGACCUGCUCUAUAGAUUGGAGAACGAAGGAGGGACAAAUCCGUAAUUGGGUGAUUCUUUUUCUUCUCCCCACAUUUCUAUCCAGAAAUUCACUAGACACUUUGCUCGUCUCCCUCUGCUUCCAGUUCCAGCUGUAAUAUCCAACUACCCAAAUCCCAAACCCAAUUACCAGACAAGAACUCCAGAAAUGGAUGGGCAUGAUGCUAAAGAUCCAAAGCAGAGUACUGCUGAUAUGACAGCUUUUGUACAAAAUCUACUUCAGCAAAUGGUGAGUUUGUGGUUAGAUAUGUCUGAGGAUUUGUACUUAUUGAAUCACACAUCGGUUAUGGAAAUGGCAAACCAGGUUCCAGACAAUGUCGGAUUCCAUCAUUACAAAGAAUAUCCUGCUCUUCUUCAUGUGUUGAUUGCAGAUUAUCUUGCCAAAGAAAAUGAGAUUUCCUUUGCUAUUAGAAUCCUUAAAUUGCUUAUCAGGUGGAUAGAGGGAAGGGGAGUCACGAGGGAAUGUAUUUUGAAAUCUAUCUAGAAACAUGAAAUCAAUUCAUUUUAUCUUUGUGGCAUUUGGAGGAAUAUCUUUUAAACUUACUUCAAUGGUAUCAUUUGCAAAACUGCAAUGGUCAUUGUUGAGCUUAGGGGUUUUCAAAUGGGGACAUGAAAUGGUCACUGAAAAAUUUAUAAAUUUAAUUCUGUUGAUCAAAUCUAAAUUGUGUUCCUUUCAUUGCUCUAGGUUCUAGCCUUGUUUUAAUGUAGACAAUAACGUGAAAUGGAAUUGAAUGUUGAUUUCUUUGACCACAAUGCACUUGACGAAAUGGGCGGCAGGAUAGAUGAGCUGGAGCAAAGCAUCAAUGGUCUCAGAUCUGAGAUGGGGGUAGAGGGCUCCCCAUCUCCUUCAGCUCCUUCCAAGGUGAAAGAAGAACCCAAGUCUGGCACUGAUUCUUCAGUUUAGUAACAAUAUACUGUAGUGAUUAAACAAAACAAAAUAUUUCCUCUACAGAGACAUUUCGGUCGAGUUGUUUUCUAAUUUUGAUUUAAAGGCAGUAUAUCAUCUGGUAAAGCUUUGUAUUCAUGUUCAAUAACUGAGUGUCCGGUUUGAUUUCUGUAUCUUUGUUCUCCCUUCUUUUUUUCUUUUUCAAAUGUCAAUGAACAUAAUGAAUGAAAUUCAUGGCUUUUGAGUUGUUA